UUUGUAGGUAUUUAUAAUGGAUGACGAAGCAGAAACCUAUAAAUUGUGGAGGGUUAGAAAGACAGUUAUGCAGCUGUGCCACGAUCGUGGAUAUCUAGUUACUCAAGAUGAAUUGGACCAAACUUUGGAACAAUUCAAAGAACAGUUUGGGGACAAACCGAGUGAAAAAAGGCCUGCUAGAAGUGACCUGAUUGUUCUUGUUGCUCAUAAUGAUGAUCCAACAGAUCAGAUGUUUGUCUUUUUCCCUGAUGAACCUAAGAUUGGAAUUAAGACAAUUAAAACUUAUUGUCAGAGAAUGCAAGAAGAAAAUAUUCACCGUGCAAUUAUUGUAGUGCAGCAAGGAAUGACACCUUCUGCAAAACAGUCACUGGUUGACAUGGCACCAAAAUACAUUUUGGAGCAUUUCUUGGAGUCUGAACUGCUGAUCAACAUCACAGAGCAUGAACUGGUACCUGAGCAUGUCGUAAUGACGCCAGAAGAAAAGCAAGAGUUGCUCGCAAGAUAUAAACUGAAAGAAAACCAACUGAUGCGCAUCCAGGCUGGUGACCCUGUUGCUCGCUACUUUGGAUUGAAAAGAGGGCAGCAAAUUGAAGGAGAACCAACUUCCUCGGAUUCAGACAGGCGAUCCUAUUUGUCGAUACUUUGGUCUUCGUCGGGGACAGGUGGUGAAAAUUAUCAGGCCUUCCGAAACAGCUGGUCGGUAUAUUUCAUACCGACUGGUGUGUUAACUGCAACUGGUGAUAGAAUGCUAAUUUCUUGUUAUUCAUUCUGUCUUAAGUUGAAAAUGUAACAUAAGGUUUUUGUAAAUAAAUUAUGCCUAUUUUAUGUAGCA